GAGAUCUUUGGCUUCCCUCUGCUUGCACUCCACAAAAUUUACUAUAAAGUAAGCACUGCUAUUGCAAAUUGUGAUAGUGAGUCUUGAGAGUUGUCACUACUGUUGUUUUAAUGGCUGCCUCUCUCUCCUACUUGGGAUUCUUUUUUCUCCUUUGCCUUUUGGGUUCAACCAAUGCUCAAGAUUUCUGUGUAGCAGACUUGAAUGCUGCUCUCACUCCUUCUGGUUACCCAUGCAGGAAGGUCUCUAGUUUAACUUCACAGGAUUUUGCCUACGCUGGUCUGGUCAAUGCAGGUAAUGUGAGCAAUGCCAUUAAUGCUGCUGUAACACCUGCAUUCACACCACAGUUUCCAGCAGUGAAUGGAUUGGAUGUGUCUAUAUUAAGACUGGACCUGGCCCCUAAUGGUGUCAUCCCUCUGCACACCCAUCCAGGGGCUUCAGAAAUCCUAGUAGUCAUCGAAGGAGUCAUUUGUGCAGGAUUUGUAGGCACAGACCAAUCUGUAUACAUCAAUACCCUCACCAAGGGGGAUAUAAUGGUGUUUCCUAGAGGGUUGCUUCAUUUUCAGAUCAAUGCGGGGAAAUCUAAUGCCCUUGCCUUUGCAUCUUUUGGUAGUCCUCUACCUGGUUUGCAGAUUACCUCAUUUGCUCUCUUUGCCAGUAGUCUUCCAGCUGAGAUUAUAGAGAAGACUACUUUCCUGUCAGAUGCUGAGGUCAAGCGCCUUAAGGCCUUCUUAGGAGGAAAGUAAUGAGUUUCACUGGAUAUGGAACUCAUAAGCCAAAUAAAUUCUUCUUGGUAGAUCUUUGUGUGUUCUUCUUCUUCUUGUAAUAUGUUCUCUUUCUCUAUUGAAUUGAGUUGCAAAUCUUAUUUAAGAUA